AUGAGCACACACUCCUAUGAGCAGUACGUACACCUACCGUCAGAUGGGGGGGUUCAACAAGGAACUUGGAACCAGACGAACCAAACGAACGCGGAGUUGAUCGAGGUCGCGACGAAGGAUGAUGACAUGCACGCACACACACUUCCGCCCACCAGGCCCCAGAUGAUUGAUGCGACGCCCGGGUUGCUAACCUCAUCCCUCCUCUGCCCCGAUCUCCCGUCUCUCUUGUUCUCUCUCUAUCACGUUCUGUUCCCCAUCCGACGCAAGCAGCACUAUGCGCCACAUCAUCUCUUCCCCUGUCUUCAGCCAUUCCGAGGGACCCCCAGAGCUCUCUUCUCUCGGUACCGGCUACUUUCUAGCCAGCCCUCCAUCUCUCUCGCCCACCCUCCUCCAUUAACCCCCAAGGUCCCCCCAAGGUCCAUCGACUCUCCUCCCCCUUUCCUUCUCCCUUUCCCACCCAGAUUCUACCCUACAGCCCUGCCGAACCAUCCUAUUUCCCCUCGAAAAUCCCUCCUAGUCACGCCCAUUGAAAUCAAAUCAAGCUACCUCAGCUCGCCAUGUCUACUCGUAAGAGAAAGCAAGAAGAGGCAGAGCUCGUCUCUCUCCCAGAGGACGACAGCGAGGAAGAAGAGUAAGCCCAUCCGCACUGUUCACGAGCCUCCGCAUAUCCCCCCUACUGCGGUGCGCCUCCUCAUUUUCUACCUACACCGGGAUGUCCUCUUCCCAUUCCCGUGGAUGGAGGGCGCCCUUUGCAAUCUCAUGCGCCAGCGCCUCACCCUAACAGGCCCCCCAUCACCAUCUUUGCGCAACGAAUACGAGGACACCGAGGGUGAGGAAGAAGAGGUCGAUGAUGAUUCGGAAGACGAGGAGUACGAAGGCGGGGGAGAAGGAGGGCCUGAGAAGAAUGGUGUAGAACACAAACAACCUCCGGCCAAACGGCAGAAAGUCGCGGCAGAAGAGGACGAGGACGAAGAGGAUGCAGGUGGUGAGGAGGACGAGGUGGAAGAAGAGCAGGAAGAGGAGCAGGAAGAGGAGGAGGAAGAGGAAGAGGAGGAGGAAGAGGAAGAGGGUGAAGGUGACGAGGAAGCGACCAACGGAGUCAAAGAUUCUGCCCCGGCCAAAGGCGCCAUCAGGGCUACCGAGGCGCCUGGCGACACCACCGAGGCGAAGGCUGUGGCGGCGAACGGCCACCACACCGAGGAGUGA